AUGAACUGGGUAGCGGUGCUUUUGGGCGCUACCAAGUUGUACAGCCGAGUGGUGGUGCACCAGGACAAUCUCACAGUCCCCAUCACCAACGCUCGCAUGGGGUUCUGGGGUUGUACGAAACUCGUAGCUAAAGUAUAUAUCACACCAAUGCCUAUGCUCACGGACUUCAAAACCGAAUCAGUCCCAAAAGAGGCCAUUACGUUCAGGGAUCGUAUGCAUGAUCACGGGAUGUUCAUCUGCAACACAGUGACCUCCAUUGAGUCGUGGCUGCGAUUCAAGAUUGCUCUGGUUGUCGGGAUCGCGCUGAUACCAUUCUGUCUGCAAGAUCCGCAGUACUUCAAGGACACCAACUACUACUAUGUGCCCUUCACCGUCAAUGUCGUUACCACCACUUUUCUAGGGUCCACUUUG